AUGACAAAGGAAGGAGCCAAGAAAAGGAAGACCCUUUCUUUUCUUUCUAAGCCUUCUUGUAACUCCUCCGGAACCAGUCCAAAAAUGGCUUCAUCUGCUACUCCCAAUCCUCAUAGUUAUGAUGUGUUCUUGAGUUUCAGAGGUGAAGACACUCGCAAGAAUUUUACUGAUCAUCUUUAUAACACUUUGGUUGCAUAUGGAAUUCACACCUUCAGAGAUGAUGAAGAACUUUUGAAAGGAGAGGACAUCAAAUCGGGUCUGUCCAGAGCUAUCGAAGGAUCGAAGAUUUUUAUUAUUAUUUUCUCAGAAAACUAUGCUGCCUCCAAGUGGUGUUUAAAUGAACUCGCAAUGAUCAUCGAGUAUACAACGCUAGAGGACAAUAAGGUUAUACCGGUCUUCUACCAUGUCAAGCCUUCAGAUGUGGGACACCAAUCGGAAAGCUUUGAAGUCGCGUUUUUCAACCAUGAGAAAGAUGCAGAUCAAGAGAAGAAGGAGCUAAUAGAGAAGUGGAGGAUUACCUUGAAGAAAGCAGCUAAGCUAUCUGGAUACCAUGUGGAUAAUCAACAUGAAGCAGAGGUUAUUCAAAAGAUUCGUGAAGUUAUCAUUACAAGAUUGAAUCGUAAGCCUUUAUAUGUGGGUGACAACAUAGUUGGUAUGGACUUUCAUUUGAAGCAAUUAAAGUCGUUGGUAAAAACCGAGUUGGAUGAUGUUCAUAUGGUUGGUAUAUAUGGAAUUGGUGGAAUUGGUAAAACUACCAUCGCAAUGGCUUUUUAUAAUGAUAUCUCAUCCCGAUUUGAUGGUAGUAGUUUUCUUAGAGGUGUUGGAGAGAAAUCCAAAGGUGGUUUACUUGAAUUACAAAAGAAACUUUUUAAAGAUAUCUUAAAGUGUGAAAGUACAGAUUUCGAUGAUACUAGUGAAGGAAUCAAUGGGAUAAAGAAAAGACUUUGCUCAAAAAGAGUCCUUAUUGUUCUCGAUGACGUGGAAGAAUUAGAGCAAUUGGAAAACUUAGCUGGAAAAAAUGGUUGGUAUGGGGCAAAAAGUACAAUCAUUAUAACAACUAAAGAUACAAGUUUGUUGAGCCAACAUGGAGUGAACAUACUUUAUGAGGUAAAGGAGUUGAAUCAUAAAGAAGCCAUUGAUCUUUUUAAUUGGUGGGCCUUCAAACAAAAUAUUCCCAAGCCUAAAGAAGAUUUUGAAAGCCUUUCACAUUGUGUAGUAGGAUAUGCCAAAGGUCUUCCAAUAGCACUUAAAGUUUUAGGUGGCUUUCUUUUUGGUAAGAAAAUAGAUGAAUGGAAAAGCGCAUUGCAUAAACUAGAAAAAAUACCACACAUGAAAGUCCAAAGUGUUCUUAAAGUAAGUUAUGAGAGAUUAGACGAUACAGAAAAGGAGAUAUUCUUGGAUAUUGCAUGUUUUUUCAAGGGAAAAGACAAAGAUCUUGUUUCAAGAAUAUUAGGAAGGUAUGCAGAUAUUGGAAUAAAAGUUCUUCAUGAGAGAUGUCUCAUUACAAUUUCUCAAAAUAAGUUAGAUAUGCAUGAUUUAUUGCAACAAAUGGGCCAAGAAAUUGUUCGUCAAGAAUGUCUUAAAGAGCCUGGAAAAAGGAGUAGACUUUGGGAUUCCAAUGAUGUUGAUAGUAUGUUAACAAGAAAUACGGGGACUGAAGCAAUUGAAGGACUAUUUGUAGAAAUUCCUACAUCAAACAAGAUGCAAUUUUCUACAAAUUCUUUCACAAAGAUGAACAGACUUAGAUUGUUCAUAGUCUAUAAUAAACGCUGUUCAAAACUAAAGGGUUUUCCAGAAAUGAAGGACAAUAUGGGGAAUCUAGAAAGGCUUAAUUUGAGAUUUACAGCUAUAGAAGAGCUUUCAUCAUCAGUUGGACAUCUAAAGGCUCUUAAACACCUAGAUUUGUCAUUUUGUAAAAACCUUGUGAAUCUUCCAGAGAGCAUUUUCAAUAUCAGCUCUCUUGAAACUCUCAAUGGGAGUAUGUGUUUAAAAAUAAAGGACUUUCCAGAGAUCAAGAACAAUAUGGGAAAUCUAGAAAGGCUUGAUUUGAGUUUCACAGCUAUAGAAGAGCUUCCAUAUUCAAUUGGAUAUCUAAAGGCUCUUAAAGACCUAGAUUUAUCAUAUUGUCACAACCUUGUGAAUCUUCCAGAGAGCAUUUGCAAUUUGAGCUCUCUUGAAAAGCUUAGAGUCCGAAACUGUCCAAAACUCCAGAGAUUGGAGGUGAACCUAGAGGAUGGUUCACACAUCUUAAGAUCAUUAAAUACAACUUGUUGCAUAAUAAAGCAAGGUGUAAUCUGGAGCAAUGGCCGCUUCUCCUCAUUAGAAACAUUACAUCUACGGUGCAGUCAAAUGGAAGGAGAGAUCCUUAAUCAUCAUAUUUGGUCCCUGUCAUCACUGGUGGAAUUAUGUAUAAGAAACUCUGAUCUCACGGGAAGAGGAAUCCUCAGUGAUAGUUUCUACCCAUCAUCAUUGGUAGGAUUAUCUGUAGGUAACUUCAAUCUAAUGGAAGUAGGUGAUAAGGGAGAAUCAAAUGAUUCUCCCUUAUCAGUAGGAAUCCAAGGAAUCCUCAAUGAUAUUUGGAACCUAUCUUCACUUGUGAAAUUAUCUCUAAAUAACUGCAAUCUAAUGGAAGUAGGAAUCCUUAGUGAUAUUUGGAACCUAUCUUCACUGGUGAAAUUAUCACUAAAUAACUGCAAUCUAAAGGAAGGAGAGAUCCUCAAUCGUAUUUGCCACCUGCCAUCAUUGGAAGAAUUAUCUCUGGAUGGGAACCAUUUUAGUAGCAUACCUGCUGGCAUCAGACUACUUUCCAAUCUAAGAGCCCUCAACUUGAGACAUUGCAAGAAGCUUCAAGAAAUUCCAGAGCUUCCAUCAAGUUUAAGAGACCUUUACUUGAGCCACUGCAAAAAGCUUCGGGCAAUUCCAGAGCUUCCAUCAAAUUUGCUACUUUUAGAUAUGCACAGUUCAGAUGGUAUUUCAUCACUGUCAAAUCAUUCUCUGCUCAAUUGCUUGAAAUCAAAAUUAUAUCAGGAACUCCAGAUUUCUCUUGGUGCUUCUGAAUUCCGAGACAUGGCAAUGGAAAUUGUUAUUCCUAGGAGUAGUGGAAUUCUAGAGGGAACAAGGAAUCAGAGUAUGGGAAGUCAUCAAGUAAGAAUAGAGCUCCCUCAGAAUUGGUAUGAAAACAAUGACUUGCUGGGAUUUGCUUUAUGCUGUGUUUAUGUUUGGGUACCUGAUGAAUUCAACCCUAGAUGUGAACCAUUAUCGUGCUUGGAUUGUAAAUUGGCUAUCUCGGGAAAUUGUCAAUCAAAAGAUGUGGACAAAUUCCAAAUUGAAUCUGAAUGUCAUUGCUCUGAUGAUGAUGAUGAUCAUGGUAGUGCAUCAGAUCUAGUAUGGGUUAUAUAUUAUCCCAAGGAUGCUAUUAAGAAGCAAUAUCUCUCCAAUCAAUGGACACACUUUACUGCUUCAUUUAAAAGCGUAACCCUUGAAGCGAAAGAGUGCGGGAUCCAUCCUAUAUAUGGCUGCUUCAAAUGUCGACGAGAUAAAGAAUGCCAACAGAAGCUUUGUUUAAAGGGCAGUGCUAUUAAUGAGCUUCCCUUUAUUGAGAGUCCCUUUGAACUUGGUAGUCUGUGUUUGCGGGAGUGCAAAAACCUAGAGAGUCUGCCAAGUACCAUCUGUGAGUUGAAGUCCCUUACAACUCUCUCUUGUUCUGGCUGUUCACAACUAACUAUCUUUCCAGAAAUCUUUGAGACUUUGGAAAAUUUAAGAGAGCUUCAUUUAGAAGGGACUGCCAUCGAAGAACUACCAUCAUCAAUUCAACAUCUAAGAGGGCUUCAGUAUUUGAAUCUGGCAUAUUGCAACAACCUUGUGAGCCUUCCAGAAACCAUUUAUCGUUUGAAAUCCCUCGUAUUUCUCUCUUGCACUGGUUGUUCACAACUAAAGAGCUUUCCAGAAAUCCUGGAGAAUAUCGAAAAUUUACGAGAGCUUUCUUUACAUGGAACUGCCAUAAAAGAGCUCCCAACAUCAAUUGAACGACUAGGAGGGCUUCAAGAUUUGCACCUGUCAAAUUGCAGCAACCUUGUGAAUCUUCCAGAAAGCAUUUGUAACUUGAGAUUUCUCAAAAAUCUCAAUGUUAAUCUCUGUUCAAAACUUGAGAAAUUUCCUCAGAACUUGGGGAGUUUGCAACGUUUAGAGCUUUUGGGAGCUGCAGGUUCAGAUUCCAAUCGAGUUCUAGGAGCAAUUCAGAGUGAUGAUUGCCGCAUGUCAUCAUGGAAAGCAUUAAAUCUGAGCAUCAACUAUUUUAGUAGCAUAAUUCCUAUCAGCAUCAUUCAACUUUCUAAAUUGAGAGUCCUUGACUUGAGUCAUUGCCAGAAGCUUCUACAAAUUCCAGAGCUUCCACCAAGUUUACGAAUUCUUGAUGUCCACGCCUGCCCAUGCUUGGAAACAUUAUCAAGUCCGUCAAGUCUACUUGGUUUUUCUUUGUUCAGAUGCUUCAAAUCAGCAAUUGAGGAAUUUGAAUGCGGGUCCUAUUGGAGCAAGGAAAUCCAAAUUGUUAUUCCAGGAAAUAAUGGAAUUCCAGAGUGGAUAAGCCAACGGAAAAAAGGAUCUGAAAUAACAAUAGAGCUUCCUAUGGAUUGGUACCAUAAUAACGACUUCUUGGGAGUUGCCUUAUACUCUGUUUAUGUUCCACUUCAUAUUGAAUCCAAUGAAGAUCCUUGUAGUUUAAAAUGUCAAUUGAAUUUCCAUGUUCAUCACUUUGAAUUUCUGGAUGAUCUACCAUCUAAAUUCUGGUCUAUGAAUGGUCUUUCAUAUGAAUUUUGGCCCGUGGAUGAACUCUCGUUUAGAAGGGGUUAUUUGUGCCACCAUAAUGGUGAUGAAUUAAAUGAAGUCCGGGUGGCAUAUUAUCCGAAGGUUGCUAUUCCGAAUCAGUAUUGGUCAAAUAAAUGGAGACAUUUGAAGGCUUCAUUUCAUGGUUACUUGGGUAGUAAACAAGUGAAAGUGAAAGAGUGUGGGUUCCAUCUUAUAUCUAUGCCCAAGAUUGUCAACAGAAGCAUCCCACAAGAUAGAAGUAUAAAAGGCGUCGAGCACAAUCGUCCACCAAUAUUGAUACAGUACCCAGAUGUUCAAAGAUGCUGUGACACCAAAUCAGUACCAGAAGAUACUAAUGUUAAUGCACAGAGCUGCUGUGAUGACACACAUAGUACAGAACACAACCAUUCUCCAAUGGAUACAAUAACACAUAAUGUUGAUGAUAAUGUUGUUGAUGCCCAAGAUGAAGAAGAAGACCAUAUGCACAAGUGGUUGGACCUUCUUUGCAAAUCUGUUCAAUGGAUAUGUUGUAGAAGAUGCUAA